AUGGAUGUGAUUCCUCUAACCAUGUCCUCCUCCUCCAAAUUCCUCCAAAUCCCCACAACCCUCACCUUAACUUUCAAACUUUGCUCAUCCCCGAACAAACCCACAAACCCAUCUCUCCUCCCCAACCCAUCAAACCCCACUCUCACUCUCAGACUCCACCUGACCCACAAACCCAAAAAUCCAAUUUUCCACACGCCCUUCAAAACCCAUCACCAUCUUCACCAUCCCCUGUUUUCCACACCUCCCAACGGCCCUGCACCUCCGCCAGACCACCAAUCCGAGCAAUUCAAAGCUGCCCAAGACGCUCUUUUGGAGUUUCUUCAAGAAUUUGGGGUUUCUGAGACAGAAGCCGCCUUUGUUUCGUCGAAUUCGCCGAGGUAUUUGCGGAUGUUGGUCGAUGGGGUUUUGGAGUUGGAUGAGCUUGGGCUGUGGAGAGAGCGGGAGAGAAAGGAGGGGAGAGAAUUGGUUGGGUUUAAAGAAAAGGUGAGGUAUUUAGCCAAGGAAAAAGGUGACGAUGGAAAAGUUGCGUUUUUGGAGAGUGUGGUUGGGUUGAGUCUGUCUUCGGCUAUGAAUCUUGCCAGGCAUUUAUCAGCAGAGACACUUCCGAGACUCGUUGAGAAGGUUAAGUAUGUGAAGGAAAUAUUCUUUUCUGGCAGUAAUGAUGUGGGGCUCAUUGGGAAAAAUGCUCGUCGUAUGAUGAUGCACUUAUCAAUUCCUAUUGAUGAAGACUUGCAACAAACCCUAUCAUUUUUUGAAAAGAUUGCAGCAAGGCGUGGAGGUCUGGACAUGUUGGGUUUUGGAGACGCUACUUUUCGUUGUUUAAUUGAAUCCUUUCCCCGCCUUCUUUUGUUGUCCUUGGAUCCUCAUGUGACACCUAUUGUGGAAUAUCUCGAAAAUAUUGGAGUCCCGAGAGAACGCAUGACAAACAUAGUUCUGUUAUAUCCACCCAUUAUUUUUUGCAACAUUAAAGUCAUUAAAACAAGAGUGCUUGCAUUUAGAGAGGUUGGUGUGGAGGAUAAAGAUGUUGGUAGAAUGUUGGUUAAAUAUCCAUGGAUUCUAUCUACCAGUAUUCAAGAGAACUUCAAGGAGAUUCUUUCUUUUUUCGAUUUGGAGAAGGUACCAAAAAUGAGUGUUGGUCUUGCAAUCAAAAGCUGGCCUCAUGUUUUGGGUUGCUCAACCAGCUUGCUAAAAUUGAUGGUUGACCAGAUUGGUGAAUUGGGUAUUAGAAACAAGAAGUUAGGUCAGGUUAUCUCUAGAAGCCCUCAGCUAUUGAUACAGAAACCUGUAGAAUUUCUUCAGGUGGUUUCAUUUGUGGAAGGUCUAGGAUUUGAUAAAGAAACUGUCGGCAUCAUACUGGGUCGCUGUCCUGAAAUAUUUGCUGCCAGCAUUGAGAGAACUCUCAGUAGGAAGCUUCAGUUUCUUGCUAGUAUUGGUGUCUCCAAAGUUCAUCUUCCACGGGUUAUCAAAAAGUAUCCAGAGCUUCUUGUUUCAGACACUGAUAGAAAUUUACUUCCUCGGAUGAAGUAUUUGAUGAAGAAAGGGCUGUCACGGAGGGAUAUUGCAUUCAUGGUCCGCAGAUUUUCACCGUUGCUCGGGUACAGCAUUGAAGAGGUUUUGAGACCGAAGCUUGAAUUCCUCGUAAACACCAUGGAGAAGCCGGUAACGGAUGUGGUGGAGUAUCCCAGGUACUUCAGUUAUUCAUUGGAAAAGAAGAUAAAACCGAGAUAUUGGGUGCUUAAGGCAAGGAAUAUGGAGUGUAGCUUAAAGGAUAUGUUGGGUAAAAAUGAUGAACAAUUUGCUGAAGAGUUUAUGGGUGUUGGAAGCAUGCUUGUUCCACUUCCUCCUCCCCCUAUACAAUAA